AUCCCAGUACGCCAAUGGUCUUGGGACACGAUUUUCAAUACCAUACGCGCGAUUUGGUGGAUCCCUUUGGACAGGCGAUCCUAUUUCCGGAGAACUACCCAACUGGAGGUGAAGUAUGUAUGCGCUUCAUGCACUGAACGUUUUGCACGAAACCUGGACUCGUCCGCCAUGUCAACCAAAUGCACCUGAUCCAGUAUCACCGUCAACGCUUGACAAUCACUGGAUAUUGGACGGCAACAUUAUUUCAAAGAAAUUUCAUGCAUACCGACAAGCAUGUCUCGAGAGAUCAAAGAGUGCCAGCUUUACGGUGGAAGGUAACGUCAAUGAACUAUUGUCGAUGUCAGGUGUACUUGUAUUGCAAAAGCGAUACAAUUACCAAAGCAUUCCUGUGGAGAUCUUUCCACCCGAUCUUUGCGAUCGAUGCAUGCUCAUGUCAUCGAUUCCUACAGUCGUCGCACGUUCAACACACGAGUUCUCCAGGUGGUGGCCAUUAUCCAAAAAUACACGAAUGAUCAAAUCGACGAAGAAACCGCAAAAAUUGACUUGCUUGGCUGCGCUCGGACCGCCGAAACGGAAAGGGCAGUUGUUAAUGCGGCUGCUGCAUUGAUACCCUAUUUGUACGAUUGCCAAGCGAAAACACUUUCGGAAGCGCACCUGGCAGCAAGUGACAUUCAUUGCUUUAUCCAUAGUCUCUUGUCAUGGAAAAUGCCACGGUAAUCGCUCAUUGUUCGAACACUGUGCCUGACGAACGACCUACUGCCAACCGUCCAGACUACGAAGUGGAUAUUUACACGCCAGGCUAUACAUACAAUUAUACGAACGUAUAUGGUGAUAUCAAGCCAACUUCGGACAUAUCGCCAACGUUGAUUGUCAAGGACUUUUAUCCUCGCCAUUUUGACCAAAGAUGCACUGGACACAUUUCAUCUGCGGCAGUCACUUGUUUCUCAGGCUAUUGGG